GGUACUCCGUACCUUGUGUGUUUAGACCCAUUCCUAACAGUGUACUGUAUGCACGAACGGUUCUCCAGCCCUCCACGGGUCGAGAGGCGUCUCAAUAUAGCAGUGCCCUCCAGGGCAUGUCGCCCUACUUUCGAAAUGUUUCCCCGUCCCAAGCAUUCGGAACUUUUCUCUCACCUCGACCAUCUCAACCUACGGCUCGGCCCCAAUCCGACUGUAACUCUGAGAAGGCUGAGGCCUUGCUUCUGCAGUCACUGACCCGACACCACUGAGGCUCUCUCCCGCAGACACACCCCCCUUGCUCCUUUUGAGUCUUACCCAUUCUUGAUGGUUUAUUUCUAUACUCGCACACUUUUCUGAUCUCGGCACAUUCAGCCGGGCUGUGUACAUUGUGUACAUUACUAACUUUGUAACUGUGACGUCCCUGACCAAGGACGACCGCCGCCGCCAUGUCUAGCCUGCAGUCCAUCAUGAACGUGGACGAGGACCAACAUGACGCCUCAUCCUCGACUGAUAAAAAGGACAAGGACCCAUCAACACCCGCUUCCGGUUUCCGAAGUCAAAAUCCUUCAUCAACCUCGAUACCACCGGGUCACGUCAUUCGUUCCAGUCAGCAAUCUUCGCCAACAGAGCCUGCUGAGGGUAGUAGGGUCGCCCGUACCAGCCAUCACCACGCUGACCACGGCUCCAGCUCCAGCUCAGCGGUGCGACAGGACAAGAGGCGUGCCGUCGCCGCCGACUCACGGGACAGGAUUCCACCAGUUACAGCUACAGCACCGACGACGUUUCGCCCAGAUCAGCCGAGGCGGGAAAGCAAUACCAGCGUGGACUCGAUGGACCAACACGGUUACGGGUCCGCGGCAUCGUCGUCGUCAAUGGGCGGGGCCAGCGGCGGAGGUCUGCCUCCAAAUCACCCAAGGAGGCCGAUGGGCAGCCCAAACCCCGAGGUUCCCAUCAGGCUGACGCCCAUCACGGGCAGGGUCAGUCGGGCCAAGAAGGGAGUUCCUGUUCAUACGUGCGACAUGUGCAACCCACCCAAGACUUUCACCAGAGCCGAGCACCUCAGGAGACAUCAAUUGAGUCACCAGACGCCGCGCUAUCCGUGUACUUACCCUGGUUGCGAACGAGCCUUUCAUCGUCCUGAUCUUCUUGCAAGGCACCAACAAAGACAUGAGCAAGAGGGAGACAAGGCCUUGGGGGAGAACAGUCGGCGCGGCUCUACGGCAUCAGGAUCAGCCCCUCUGGACGAUCAAAUGUCUGGGCUUCGGGUUGGAGGAGGCUUGCAACCACCUCACGGCUUCGGCUCCCCUUCCAACUUUGGGGGCCCACCAGCAUCUGCUUCUCCAUCCGAGAUGCCACCCACCACUCCGAACAUGUCCCAUACAACUUACGCGACAGGAGGAAGCCCUGGAAAUGGGCCCGCCAUGUCGCCCCCAAGUGGUGAACACUACGGCCCAUCAUCCAACACGGGAGCGCGUUAUUCGAUAUACCCGGAUAGGCUUCCCAUCAUCAGCCAGCCGGGAAGCAUGAGCCCUUCUCCCGUACCUCGAACGGUGCCGCUCUACGUGUCCUCCGACACCCAGUCUGGCGCGGCGGGUGCCCUGCACACGAGUCUUGACCAGCCGCCUGAGCUGAUACAUGCCGAGUGCUCACCCUGGACAUCUGCUUCCGAGAGCAACUAUUCGACCCCACCACCUGCUGACUUGGGCCGGCCUCGGAGAUAUUGGCAGCCCCAGCACCGCGCACAUGGCUCUUUUGACUGGCAACACAGCGCGGACAUGCUAUCACCGUUCUCCACGCAGCGCGAAGUCCACGGGACAGGCAGCCUAGAUACAGUGACUACCUCCCAUUUCGGCAGCACCGCGUUCACCAUGCCGCCUCACCUGGCUCCAGCACCUUACCAGACGUACGGCCCUCUUCUCGACCCCUCGCUAAUGGCCACAUUCGACGACCAGACACAGCAGUCGCUCCUGGACACGUCCAUGACCUCGCAAUACAUCGCCCACCAUCGAUCCUCAUCAGUUCGUAGCCCAUCCCAUCCAUCAUCGCCAGGCCUCGCGGCUGACGCUCUAGUCGCGCCAGCUGCUCUCCCCAGUCGGGCUGCCCCGUUGGCUCAUGUGAGUCGACAGAAGGAGGUCCCGAUCAGCGGUGGCAACAUGAUGGGUGGUGUGGGUAUCUACACUGGUGACGGCAGCAGUCCAAGCUGGCCUAGUAACAGCCCCGGCGACAUCCUCACGGGCUCGGCUUUGGCAGGUGUGGGCGGCUGCGGAAGUGGUGGAAUGACAGCGGGGACACUGCUCUCGCGCCCUGCCCGCAACAGCAUUCCAUCCUAUCUGAACGUCUACUGGAACAAAUUCCACACUUUGUAUCCAUUCAUUCAUCGGAGUGCCGUUGGGGAGUUUGGAGAAGAUACUCUGAAAUGCGCGAUGGCUGCCAUAGCGACACAGUUCCUUGACAACAAGGAGGACCGCAUCCGGGGCAAUAUGCUUCACGAGUAUGCUUGGCAGGAGGCGAAGCGCCACACGCAGUAUUCACAGUAUUCGCAAUGGAGCCUUCCGGUCAAGCAGGCAAUUGUUCUUUGCGAACUCUUCUCCCGGUUUCGAGGCCGGAAGGCGUCGGUGCGGCCCUCGAAAUUAUUCGAAAACCUCUAUUCGAGGGUAAGUGGAUCAGAGUCUCUUGUGUCCUCUUUUUCGGAUAAAGGCUGUUCUUCUGUUUGCGCGUCUCGCUGUGAUUCAUCCUCCAUCCCUUCCUUGUCUUCUUCUGCUGGCGUCUUCACCCCUUCACUCCCUGCCUGGUCACCACCGAGUUCUGAGCCCGCCUCUGCAUCUUCGCCUCGCAAUGGACUUUACCAGUUUGACCACACCAGACACGGCAGUAACCCGGUGCUCUUUUCACCUACCGUUUCCUUCUCUCCGCAACAGACCUCUUCUUCUCCUGAUACUUUUGUUCUCAACUCCGGGUUUCAAGCAUACAACUCCGUUUCAUUCAAUAAUGUCUAUUAUCCUUUCUCUUCAGUUGGCCAGGAACAGUCGUACUCAAACAGUUUCUCUCCACAGGUCCUCGAAACCACCCAAACAAUGUUCAACUCAAAUUCUCUUGGACACAGUGCUAUGGACAUCAGCGGCAGCAACGAGGAGCGUUGGCAAGCAUGGAUCGAUGAGGAGGGCUGUCGACGCUUGCUUGCUGUGUGCUUCAGCUUGGACAACCAUACGUCCCUUUUUCAUCAACAGCCGCGCGCAAGAGACGAUAUCGACCCUACCGCGAUCCCCCUCACGGGCCACAGUGAUGCUCUUUGGGCCGCCUCAUCGGCAGCCGAGUGGGCAAACAUCCUCGAAAGCUCGCCAGGCGCCAACGUGCCCCGUUUCGUCCCCCCCUCCAACGCCCUGACGCCGGAAGACAUAGCCAGACACUCCUGCCUUGACCAGAUGAUCCUUCUCCAUUCUGAAGCAUCGAGGCUUCCACGGCGCCAAUACAAUUGCUCUUCAACCGACCUUGAUGAACACAGUGGCUUUGCCGCAGACGACUUGCGCACCCCAACUACCGCGUCUUACAACCAGCAUUUCAGCGGUGCUUACUCCGAAGACCGCCUCGUACAUCUGUUCUCGAUGACAAGGACCCGCCCGGGGCCAAGCAUCUAUCUCGCCCUCCACCACACUCCUCUUCACGACCUACUCGCUGUCAGCGGCGACAGCUGGGUCUUCAGCCAGAAGGUUCUUGGCGCUUCCACGUUUUCCGAAAAUCAGAAGCGCCUCCGGGCCUGGGCUGAGGGCAGACCAUCCUCCAAGUCGCCUAGCACCCAACAACACGCCUCGGCCGGUGGCCUCGAAGGGAUGUCGUGUGCCCAGGCGACGUGCUAUGCCUCGCGCGCCCUUCUCGGCUUCCUCGAAGGCGACGACCCAACCACUCCCCAGGCUGGCUGCAUCAGCAACUACUGGGGAAUGUACGUUUGUGCCCUAAUAAUCUGGGCAUUCGGCCACAAAGCCGCUCGCUCAUCUUCAUCGACCUCCCCGCAAAAGACACCUCUUCCCGAAGACGAGGCCAUCAGCUGGUUGCGGUCCGUUGCUUCCGCCCAGAGGCCUGAAGAGGCCGCCAGGGCGAAGCACCGGAGGGAGGCUAGCGCCGGCGUAGUGUCGCUGGUGAAGAGGAGGCUAGCUGCGGAUUGCGUCGGACCGAGAAGCCAACUCUACGUUGAUGCCGUCGGUGUGCUGAAGAAGUUGGAGGAAGGUGUGAAUUGGAGAUGGUUCUGAUUGCCCAAUGUUUCUCGUCACUUCCAUUUCCUUAUUCCCCAUUUCCUUUCCUUCUGUUCGGCUACCCGGGUUUUGCUUUUCCCCCUCUCUUUUUCUUCUUCCUUCUGCAUUCUCUUGUCUCUGCAAUCAUGAUAUAACGAUGGGCAUAAUGAUGGACGACGUAUGGCGAGCAGAAGGCGCUCGGAAGAGUAUGGUGAGCACAAACUUGUACCAACAUCCUGAUCGCAUAUGAGCGGCAUUCGGCAUAGCAUCUACACUUGCAUGGAUUGGGUCACAUUCAUUUACGACUGGCAUAUACUGCUCUACAUGGAUAGAAAAUGAGGUGGAUAAAGAUUAGAUCUGAAGCAGCGGGAGACAUCGACCAGGGAGGGUCACAUACCUCUAUGUAUAAGUAAACUUUCUAGGCGGCAGGGAAAAGUGGCAAGGGUGGCGUGCACAGCAUCUUGUUAAUUCUAAUACUUGUUUUACGUUGC